AUGUUUCCCCUCAAUUUGGGGCGGUCCGAUCACACACUACUGGCCAAGAUUGCUGCAUGCAUGGCCCUCUCAACGUGUCGCUUGUGGAAGGAAGGCAUCGAGUUGGGGUUUAGGGGUUCCAUUUUACAACAGGCCGUCCCCGCCCUUUUCGUGCAACCCAACCUUGCGUACCCCACCCCUAGGAGAGUUCCGGAGGGGAGAGAGAGAGAGAGGCCGGGCACCGAGGCAAGGGCCUGGGCCUUGCGCUUCGCUCGCUAG